AUGGAUCGGUUUGAUGAUAUAUCAGAAGGUGAAGUGGACCAUUCUUUCUUUGACAGUGACUUCGAAGAAGCAAAGAAAGGUGAGAGUAGCUCAGUGUUUGACAAGCAAGAUGAUGACGCUGAAGAGAGAAUAGACAAAGAUACAGAAAAUGUAAACUUGCAACUUGGACUACAAAGAAAGGAAGAUGAUGUUACUGAGAAGGGAACUGAGAGCAAUGGGAAAACUCCUCCAGAGGAGCACCCUGCAGAAGAUGGUAAUGCGCAAGCUGGAAAUUCUUCAUCCUCGACCACUUCUUCAAGAUCAAAACUGUGUGAUGUUCGAGUAGAACAUAAAAUAUGCUUGCCCACUCCAAAUAGCCUUCCGCAAACUGUAAAAGACGGUGAGCACGACUACUAUACAGAUGGAGAGGAAAGCACUGAUGAUGAGAAAAAGCAUCAUGUCAGGUCCAAGUCAGCUAAGCUGCCGAAUAACUUCAAGAAAAGCCUAAGUAAAAAGUAUUCCAGAAGCAGUUCCUCUUCCUCUUUGUCCUUCUCGUCUUCAAGUUCCGAUACAGGCUGUUCAGAUACCGGAUCUGAUGCUGGCCUGUCUGAUUCAUCUCCAUCACUGAAGAAGCGUCUCCCUGGCGCCACCCACUUGUCACCCAAACUGAAAUAUAAACCAGGAGAAAAAUCACCAGGAGCCCACGCUUCAGGUACGAAACCCAAGGUUGGUGAUGACACUGAAGAAUCGGAAGACACUGUGACAGAUGUCACUCCUUUAUCGACCCCGGACAUCAGCCCGGUUCAGUCUUUCGAACUGGGUGCCUCAAGCGACCGAAAAGUGAAAGUUAAAAGGCAAGAAAAUGUGAGGCAAGAAGUAUAUGAAAAUGUUGAGGAUCUGAAAAAUAACUCAAAAUCUUUGAAAUCAGCCAAAAAAGGGAAGGAAAAACAUGAACCCAGUCUCACCUCAAAGUCAACAGCGUUGGAUUUCAGUUUGGACCACAGAUACAAACAAAAAGUCUUACAUGACACAAUGGACCUGAAUCAUCUUUUAAAAGCUUUUCUGCAAUUAGAUAAAAAGGGACCACAAAAACAUCACUUUGAUCAGCCUUCAGUAGCACCUAGAAAAAACUACUCUUUCACAAGAGAGGAAGUGAGACAGAUUGAUCGGGAAAAUCAGAGGCUUUUGAAAGAACUGUCAAGACAGGCUGAGAAACCAGGAAGCAAGAGUAUGAUUCCAAGAAGAUCAACUGGUCCUCCCCCUAAGUUGUAUCAUAGUGCUCUCAACAGACAGAGGGAACAACAAAGGAUUGAAAGAGAAAAUUUGGCUUUUCUGAAAAGGCUUGAAGCUGUGAAGCCAACAGUUGGCAUGAAGCGCUCGGAACAACUGAUGGACUAUCACCGCAACAUGGGUUAUCUCAGCUCAUCCCCAGUCUCCAGACGAGUGAGGUCGACGCUCAGCCAGUACAGCUCGCUAAAAGGAGCUUCCAGGACAUCCAGUGCUACUAGUGGCCUCAGCUGUAAGAGUGAGCGAUCUGCUUUUGACACAACUGGUGGUGGCCUGUUGCUAAGACCUAAGCCCCAGAAUGUCCGUACAGCUUGGUUAUAA